GGGGUGCGCCGUGCCGCAGGGCCGCUGCCAGGUGCACGCCUCUGCCUGACACACUGGCGGGGAGGAGGAGCUGGACGGGCAGGUUUGUCGGUGGGGCGGCCCCGCUCCCCUCCCCUCUCCUCCCAGAGCUGCUGGGGAUAAUUAGUGUCUGUGCGAAGCUGUCUGCCCCCGGGAGGCAGGGCGGGCGCGCACUCAGUGCGUGCCCGGCUGUUUGUGAGCGGUGACUCGCCCCAGCCCCUCGGCAGAGCCUCCACCCCGCGGGCGGGGACCCGCCCGGCCGCGCUCCCUGCCGUGACCCUCCCACCGCCACUCACCCCGCCGGCCCGGGGAGCCUGGCAGGGUGAGCGGCGCCGGCGUCAUGUGACAGCGCGGCCCGGUGCCAGGAGCCCGGGGGGAAGGCGAGCGGGCGGAGGGCGGGAGCGGGCAGCUCCUCCUCGCACACAGACCCGGAGACACUGCCGAGGCGCCUCAGCCGCGGGGACGCGGGACACGCCGGCCUCGCGCCUCGGUCCCACCGGAGCGCCCCCAGCCCCGCCACCUACCGCGACCCCUGGAGCUGCGGGAGCAGACGGAAUCGCGGCGCGCUCCGCACCGCCUGCCGAGCAAAUCCAGAUAAAAAGAAGUAUUUGACUACACAGUUUUGCAGGACAGAACCUCAGAGGCAUCAGAACAGGUGAAUAAAAAAGAUGCUAAUGUUUGACCCAGUCCCUAUCAAGCAAGAAGCCAUGGAGCCUGUUUCAGUGUCAUACCCAUCCAAUUACCUGGACCAAAUGAAACCAAACAAAUAUGGUGUCAUUUAUUCUACACCAAGUAUGUUGCACAAUAAAUUCUACUCAAAUCCUGAAGGACUAUCAAAUGGAAUCCAGAUGGAGCCAGUAGACCUUACGGUAAAUAAACGGAGCUCACCACCUUCAACUGGAAGUUCUCCUUCCCCACUAAAAUUUCAGACUGCACAUAGGAGAAGUUCACCUGGAUUGGCUCUGUCCUCACCCAGCUCACCUCUCAGUAAAUUCACACCAUCACCCCCAGGAGUACAGCCUCUUUCUAUGCCAAUCACAAUCCCGCCUGUAAUGGCCGCUGCUCUUUCACGACACGGACUGAGAAGCCCUGGGAUACUCCCAGUUAUACAGCCUGUUGUGGUCCAGCCAGUUCCUUUCAUGUAUGCUCCCCAUCUCCAGCAGCCCAUCAUGGUGUCCACAGUUCUUGCAGAUGAGAUGGAAACUCCAAGUAGCAUGCAAGUGCCUGUCAUUGAGUCUUAUGAGAAGCCCACACUCAAGAAAACAAUCAAAGUAGAGCCAGGAAGCGAACCAUCGAAGACUGACUUCUAUCCUGAACAAAUGUCACCUCCAAUGAUGACCUCGUUGUCUCCUCAGCAAGUAAUGUUGCAAGAGAAUCACCCUUCAGUUAUAGUUCAGCCAGGAAAGAGACCUUUACCUGUGGAAUCUCCAGACACACAAAGAAAACGCAGAAUACAUCGAUGUGAUUAUGAAGGCUGCAAUAAAGUCUACACUAAAAGCUCCCACCUGAAAGCUCACCGAAGAACCCAUACAGGAGAAAAACCAUACAAAUGCACUUGGGAGGGAUGCACGUGGAAGUUUGCUCGUUCCGAUGAACUAACGCGGCAUUUCCGCAAGCACACAGGAAUCAAACCCUUCCAGUGUCCAGACUGUGACCGUAGCUUUUCACGUUCGGACCAUCUUGCUCUUCACAGGAAACGCCACAUGCUAGUCUGAAUGUCUUCUGUCCCUGACUCCUGCCACACUUCUUUUGUUUUUUACAUAUGCGUUUUAAUUUGGAUUCAGCUGGUCUGGAUCUCUGAGUUUAUACCAUUAAAAGCUUACGUAUGGUCAGUAACAGAUGUUAUCUAACCCUUCCAUGUCCUUGCCACGGGUCAGACCUAAAGAAUGUGAACACUUCUUUUUUUUCUCCUGGGGAUGCUAAGCAAACCCUUUCUGCAUUCAGUAUGUUUAUUGUAUUUCAUUUGUGAAUAAGGGAAUUUUUAAACUAACAGUUUUUGUUGGUUUCUUCGUAUAAUCAACCCAGCAUAUACUGAUAAAAUAGUAAAUGUUAUUGAAUAUCCGAAAUGCUAGUCCUUGCCAGAGACUAUUAUUUAUGUACCCUGUAAGGGAUACACUCUCAUUUUAUGCUCAACAAUGCAAUUAAUGGACUCUCCCAGAUAUGUUGAUUUCUGCAGUACGGUUAAUACAACAGUUUUAGAAAGACACCUGAUUUUGAAAUCCCUUCUGCCCAAACAGUGAGUAAUGCUGAGGAAAUAAAUCUAAACAGUGUAAUUACUUUACAGAAAGAUUGAGUCAUAGUAUCAUUUUCCCCAGUCAAGAAGAAAAAUGGGCAGGAAUUGGUCCGUACCCAAUACUGUGCAUCUAAACCAAUGUCAUCUGUAUCAUAGUGUAGUAUAUAUCCUUGUUUUUGUUGCAUAAUGCCCCAGUGGAUUUGUUAAAGGAAGACUUGGUGUGACUCUGUAUGUCUGGUUUCUGUGCAAGUGUAUGAAUGGAACACACACAGUUGAGGAAAUGGCUUGAAGCUGAGUCAAGGGUUUAUCAUGAAGAAGUUUUUCACCCAGAGGGUGUUUGGGCACUGGAGCUGGCUUCCCAGGGAAGUGGUCACAGCAUCAAACCUGUCUGAGCUAAGCAUCUGGGCAAUGCGCUCAAGGCACAUGGUGUGACUUCUGGGGUGUCCUGUGCAAGGCCAGGAGUUGGACUCAAUGAUCCUGAUGGGUCCCUUCCAACUCAGCAUAUUCUGUGAUUCUGUGAUUCUAUGGUACUCUUCUGUGAUUUGGCAUUAAAUGACAUUCAUGGAAACCUGUUGCACCUCAUUUCAGGAAUAUCGAUUAUCCACCUCCAAUCAUGCCCCUGCAUUUCUUUUAAAUUAUUUUUUUCUCUUUGCUUUACUUCAGAAAAUAACAAUCAUUAAGUCAGAAAUGCUCUCAACUGUACUGUUGUGAGUACCACUGUAAUACACUACAGUAUUUAAAAUUAUUGAUCCACAAUGUUUUUAUAAGAAGAUGGCAUCAGUUAUGAAGUACUUCUGAUGAUAAAUUGAGUUAUGUAUCUGUUUUGGAUAAAAGCAUAUACCAAAUCAUCCAGUUCCUUACUCUGAUUUGUGACUCUUGUAGUCUCUUGGUGGUAGGUACAACUACUUCCCUGUGGACAUGUCUAUUGCAUUAAAACCAUGCCUAUUAGCAAACAGAACUCCAUAUUCAAGCAACCUGCAGUUGCCCCUAGAAAUGUUCCUGUCUGGGAGCCCUCUGAAAGGAAGGUUUCUGUUUGUAUUAGCUGGCGGACUUUGUGGCAGGUAACAAUUUUUUGGUCAGUUCCUUUGCGUGCAAGGAAACAGGAUGUAUUUCUCUAUGCUCUCACACACAAGCGCAUUUUCCUUCCUUGCCUGGUGUAAGGUAACCACCAUUCCCUGUACAUUAAACAUACUGAAGUCAGCAUUUCCUUUCUUUUGGAAAAAAACAGUGAACAAUGGAGGUGUGAGGAGAGGAAGAGUUUCAUAGAACUCUGCAGCAGACAGGUGGAGUGUCCAUCUGCAGGUGGGUAUAUUUGAGCUUGUGGAGCAGGUAGACUGUGCUGCUAUAUCCAGUGGAGCCCAAUGCCAAAAAUCUUGGAGAUUCAAGAGUGUGAGUGCAAAGAGCCUUUAUUUGGUGAUAGGGCUUUACCAGCUUUUCUGACAUCCAUAUGCCUGUGAAAUUAGAGGAGAGAUCUGUACUUCCUGUGGAAAAAUGUUCUGACAGCAAUUGCUCUGUUCCAGCUCCAUACAUCCUCACCACCUCGGUAGGGCUACAUCUGGUGUCUUGUGAGUGCCUCAUCUGCUCACUUGUGGUGCUGAAACACCUGGCACGUUAAUCGGUCUUUUUUCUUUCUUGGUGGGCCAGAUUGUUAGUGACAUUGAGAAACUUGUAGGAAAGAGACUGAUAUUAGUGAGCAGCUGUUCCAGAAUGUGGACUUACGUUUUUUGUUUUUUUUUGUCAUUGGUAGCAGAAUUUGCUCUAGGUUUUAGUGGUAAUUUUGUAAAUCCAGGCACAUCACUGGCUGAGAGGCUGUGUAGAGGGAGCCCUGUGGCAUCAGUCACAAGUCUACAGACAUUUAGUACCCUGGGAUGAAAACAUUUCUCUGUUCUGUUGUAGAGGGGAAAAAAUCAGAUACUAUAAAUAUAAGCACCUUAAUGGAAACUUGUCCCAUUUUUAUCUUAAAAAUGCAAAUUUAGAAAAUUAAGGAUGUUUAAGGAACAUUUCUUUCUAACGCUGUGUAUUGCUUUUGAGGCUUACAUAAAAUGUUUUCAUUAAUAUGUUUUUUAAUAUUUUUUAAAUCAAUGUUUUUUGAAACCUAAAAGCAGAACUUCUUUGUAACUAAGCGUUACUUCAGAUAAUUUAGUCUAGGUUAUUUGUCAUGUUAAUUCAUUAUCUUAUGUACCUUUUUCCUGAAAGUUAUGCUAAUGAUGGAGUCAAAUACAGUGGAGAUUGGGUG